AUAAGAAACGAAUUAGCAAGAUGCCACAACGUAUGAAAAGUGCGUCCAAUAAAAACAAAGCGGAGGUCAAGGAAGAAGCAUCAACAUCAUCUGUUCUUGCUGGCAAUUCUGGCGAUGAUGACCCGAACGUAGCCGAAGUUGUGCUAUCGAAUAAAGGCGGGCCAAAAUUAAUUCACCACGGUUACAUGUACACAUUGCACAAGAAGCAACCGUAUAAUAUCCGAUGGAGAUGCGUCCGCCGAACCAUGUAUUGUAGAGGCAGCAUUAUCACUACCACGAGUUGCACGAAGCCGAGAGUGCGUAUGGAGCACAACCAUAAGCCAGAUUUUGCAGCCGCUCAGGUUGCUAGGAAACGUUACUUGGCUCUUGGCAAGCCUAGCGUGUUAACAAACGUAGAAGGAAAUACUGUGAAGUCUAUGAACGUGUCACAACGAAUGCUUCACAAGGAGAAUGACAUGCCGGAGGAGCAGAAAGAUAGGAGGCGAAAAACGCGUGCUACAGCUAGAAAAAGUAAAGAGAACGCAUCGCUGGAACGAAAAUACGAUCGGCGUGGAACUGAAAAUCAGGGAAACAGCACAGCAAGAACGAACACGACGGCUUCGACGGCGGGUCGGCUUGUACUGGUGGCCUGCAAGGACACCGUGAAGCUGACUACCCGCCGUCUCCUGCAGGAGCAGCAACGUGACCGAAGUUGCCACGCACAGGUCGCCACGUCUUCCAAGGAAGAUAUUGUGGAGAGCAUUCGACUCGAGGACGUCGCCAUGAAGCAAGAGCCUGAGGACGAGGAGGACUGUUACUUGGAAACGGUCGAGAUGCCAGCUCUGUCACCCUCGUCGUCUACCAAUCGACACGCAGGUGUUACACAUCGUGUUCGGUCUCAUGCACGUAGCCUGCGUGCUAUGACGAAUCCGAGCGCGGUUUGGGCACAUUUUGAUCUGUGCGCGAACGAUCCUCUGCGUGCACAGUGUCGAAUCUGCGGGGCAGUGGUGGUCAGGGGAGGAGCGAAUCCACGACAAUGUGGAACAACAAACCUUCAUCGACAUCUCAGGGUACAUCACGGUGGCAGACUCAUUGGCAGUCGCUAUCACGUAUUACAAUCACCUUCUCAAACAAAUUCAACUAGCAAGACUAUAAGAAUAGCAGCACAAUCCUUGGUAAGAUCUCAUAUUAGAAACAUUGCACCAGCACCUAUAUCGCAGCAACAGCAGCAACAGCAGCAACGACAACCAAAGACUCUUGUGUUAAAAACGAUACCUUUAAAGGUAAAGCAAGUUGCACCUACUACUAUUAAAAUGCCACCUCGACAGACCAGUCAAGGAGUACCUCAUAAUACUGUUCAACAACAGCCUACAGAAGUUUGUUUAAGAUGGAACAGUUAUCAUAGUAACAUGCAAAACAGUUUUCCAUCUUUGUUGGAUUCUGAACAGUUCGUUGAUGUUACCUUGGCCUGCGAAGGUCGUUCGUUAAAGUGUCACAAAAUGAUAUUGUCAGCUUGCAGUGAUUAUCUCGCGGAUUUAUUGCGCGAGAAUCCGUGUCAGCAUCCAAUUAUUUUAAUGAAGGAUCUUAAAUUUUGGGAGGUUGAAGCACUAGUCAAGUUUAUGUAUCGCGGAGAAGUAAAUGUUGCCCAUGAUAAACUACCACAAUUGUUGAACGCAGCUGAAGCGUUACAAGUAAAAGGAUUAGCUGGACCAAAUCCUUCUUCACAGAAUCCAAAGCCACCUCUGCUUAUUCCGCAAUCGAAGCCAAUAGUAUCUCCACCAGUUCCUCGAACUGCUUCAGAAACCAAAGAGAAACCUUCCACUUCCGGAGUUUCUAUACCUUCUAGUCCUAAACGUGCGCAAAAACGACAACACUCGGAAUCGAUUGAGCCAAAACCCUUUACAAAGAUACGCUUACAACGACCUGUCACACCUACAUCGCCAACUACUACGGUUAAAAUGGAACCCCUAGAUAUUCCUCUCAGUCCUACGGAAAUGUUUCCUGAGAAUAAUGAAGACAGUUCAACUCCGUCAAACUUCGACAAACUUAUGAGUUUACACGAGGAGGAUGAUCCAGGUGGUAAUGAAACAACUGAUGGCGAAAGAGAAAUUCAUUUCUGCGAGAUGCCCGAGCCACCUGAUAUAAACGAAGAUCAAAUGGAAUUUGUACCUACGGACUUUUUAGAACAGGAACAAGACAUAGUCGAAGAAACGGAAACAAGCUCGAACAAAGAUUGCAAAGAAGAAUCUAGAGAGGAUUAUAGUUUUGUUGAAUUUGAGAUUGGUGAAGGAGACAGAGUCGAAAAGGAACAAUAUUCAAAAGAAAAGAAAUCGGUUUAGUGAGAUGUUCCGAAUUCAGUAUUUGGUUUGUUUGAUGAAAAUGGAAUUAGAGUUUAGGCUUUUGAUAAAUUCUUGGAGUUAUCCAGUAUCGUCAUAACACUUUAUUUAUCGAGUAUCAAUUUCGAUGGUUUCCUUUUUUUUUCGAAAUUGAUACAAGAAAGUAUAUAUAUAUUUGUAAUUGUAUUUUAUGAUUUUAUGAUUCUUUACAAUCUAUCGUUGUAAAAAAUCGUUAUACACAUAGUAUGCAAUUUUAAUUUUAUUUGUGUUUGAUCAGUCAAAGCGCAGAAUGAAGUUAUAUAUAUAUAUAGUAUAUAUAAAGAGAGAAAGAGAGAGAUUCUACCGUUUGUUCUCAGAGUAAUAUGACAAAUAUUUCAUCGACAUUGUAAAUAGAACGUAAACGAUAAAAAGUAAAACUAUUUUUAACACUUACUGUAUGAAUCGUAGUGACUACGAAUAUCUUUCAAAUAUUUUCAAGCUCAUUGUUCGAAACUGACAAAUAACUGUGUCAGAAAUUAUAAUUUAAAAUUAUUAAUUGAUUAUAUAUAUUUAUAAAAAUAUCUAUAACCAGUUUUC